CCUCGUAUGGCUCAUUGCUCGCAACGGCGAAUGCAUCCAUCGACCAAGAUCAACGUGCCAGUGCGAACGAAGCAGCGGACCCAGCCCGCGGUGCCAGCAUUUUGUUCCGCCGCCCGGCCAGGGAUCAGCCAUAGGAACCACUCGACCUUUGACAAGGCGGUGAGGAUGCCAUCGACGAGGCACUCAGUGACGACCGCCGCGUCGGAGCGUUCUCCGCCACGCAUGCCACGGAAGCACUCGAUUUCUCGCAUGCCCAUGGAAUACCGACCCCGCGAUCGAGCCAUGGCGCCAAGUCCUGUUCGAAAGCGUGCACAGAGCGAAUGCGUCACAGAUGAGUACAUGCUACUGAACAAUCGGCCACGAUCCCCAUCCCCAUCAGCAUCCUCGCAUGCUUCCUACGAGCACGAGAUCACAGCACUUGAGGACCAAGUGCUUACAUUAGAAGGCGACCUCGUAUCCGCCAAAGUGGACCUUGCCGUCCAAGAGUUCGACCUCUUGGGGUUGCAGCACGACAACUACCGGCUUCAACUGGAGCAUGCCCAUGCGACAACUGUGGCGGACGCGGCUCUCGCGGCACUCCAGGCGCAGUACCAGCAGGCGCUCAGGACCAUCCAGGACCAGGAACAGACCAUACGUCGUCAAGCGAACGACUUAGACGAGUGCCAAGCGUGGAUCCUUCGUCACAACGAACUGGCGCAAUCAAAGCCACACCAGACCAACGACUCUGCCAUAUCAGGUGAACUCGAAGCGCUCGAAGGCCUCGGAUGUGUCACUCAGAGUGUGUGGUCGUCGCGCUUUCAACCGAGCUUGGGACGACAGUCGACGUGGAAGCAGCAACAACUCGCCCUCGCUCAAGUAGAUGCCAUGCAUGUGCAUGUGGGCGAAUGCGUACAUGCACAUUCGCUGCGUGUGGCCGAGGCUGUGCUAGUGGAGCAUGCCCUCCUCAAGGCGGCAGCAACCCCUGCAGACGGGGGGACGAACCUGCUGCCAGCCAACGCCACCGUUAUAUCUGCAACACAACUCAACGUAAAGGAUGAAUCUUCGCAGGCAAAUGGCCGAACGAACCAGGGCCAAGCCAACAUUCCCCUUACAACAUUUGACCAAGUCGCAGUCGAGCUGGGGGUGUUGGUCGGACGGUAUGGACACGUCCAAGCGUCAUAGUGUAUCGUUGAAUACAGCAAUAAAGUUAGCCAGAUGUACUACUACUGUACUGACGUUAGUGUACUGCUAUAUAGCCUCCUUAACUGUAAAGUGCACACAUGUGAUUGUCCAUGUUUCAAGCGUAUUCAC